UAUGGUUGUACAGUACGAUCACACUUAUCUGUGGGUAAUAUUACUUUAGGACUUCAGGGAAAACAGUUUAUUUUCGGGGAGAUUUGGGGUACGACGUAAGAAACAAUGGAGAUUCCUAUAUUUACUGUUGAUGCGUUUACUAACAAACCCUUUGAAGGGAACCCAGCUGCGGUCUGUCUUCUCCAAAACGAAUUAACUCAAGACCUUUACCAGAAAAUUGCAGCAGAAAUGAACCUAUCCGAAACAGCUUUCCUUCAGAUAUUAAAUUCUACAGACGACUUUCAUUCAGGGUCUCGCUUUGGGCUGCGCUGGUUUACACCCACCAAUGAGGUGCCUCUUUGCGGACAUGCGACUUUGGCUUCUGCUGCUGUAUUGUUUUACGUGAAAAAAAAUGCAAACGCGACGCUCGUUUUCGAAACACUGAGUGGAGAGCUGUAUGCCCGACGGGAAGGAAACCGUAUUGUACUUGAUUUCCCUAUUUAUAAGCCGACAGUCCAGGACCCAAAUGAAGUGAAAGAACUGAUAGAGAGUGCAGCUGGCGAGGUGGCUGUUCAAGAUGUGCGUUACUGCGCUGUCACCAAGAAGUUGCUAGUACGACUCCCCGACACCUGUGACAGGUCCAUGCUGGAGUCUUUGAAGCCAGACCCCCAGUCUCUGAUGCAAAGUGACAGCACUGGUAAAGUGAAAGGACUGAUCCUCACACUUAAAGGAAACCCCCAAGGGCAGCCUGGCUAUGAUUUCUAUUCCAGAUACUUUGCUCCAUGGAAUGGUGUUUCUGAGGAUCCAGUGACAGGCUCUGCGCACACUGUGCUCAGCAGCUACUGGUCAGAGCAGCUGGGAAAGCAGAAGAUGCUGGCGUUCCAGUGCUCUCGGCGUGGAGGGGAGCUCAGGCUGUCCGUGAGGGAGGACGGGAGAGUGGACAUAGCUGGUGAAGCAGUCCUUGUUCUGCAAGGAAAGCUCACGCUGUAGACUCUUCUGAUGAAAGCCUGCAGUCCCGCGCUCACAAAAUCACCAGACUCACGGCACUGAGCGAAACGUCUGCAUCCAGUCCACACUGCUCUUCAUUUUUAAGACUGCGUGCAGUUUUUUUUUUGCUUAUCCCACUAAAGAUUCUGUUAACCUUGCAGACGUCCCAGGGGUUUGGGUGUUAUUACACUAGUUUGUUUUCCACUUUCUGUGCGCCCGAGAUCCGAGACGGAUUGACCCAAAGUGACUGAACUUUGCCUUCCAAGUUCCAACAUUGCAAGGGACUUAAGGUUGAUAGAAGGCAUUUAUCAGCAGCAGCCAAUAAUGACAUUUAUAUGGAAUUAACAACUAUUUGCCUCGUCUUGCUCCUACAACCCGGAAUUAGUCUGGAAGAGACAAAGAUCGCAAUCUAAAAGAAGAAUUUUCAUCUCAUCACCUUCAGUGAAGCUUUGGUCAUCUGCUAAUGGGAAACAUACUGGACCUUAAUAUAACAACAAAAACUAACUGCAUCCUGCAGUGCUCAGGGGAGUCUGUAUGUCUUCCAGGCAUGGCCCAAUCAAAGGAUACCAGUGGAGACCAGCUCUGAUCUACACCAGUCACAAUGACCUCCCUUUUACUUACUGAGGGCUUCAGAAGAUGUUUAAUGAACUUUAAUGAAACAGAGUUCAGAACACACAACAGUGUGCUCACACAACAGUUCAAACAACUGCACACAAGCAUCAUUUAGGAAUCACACCCUCUCUAGGUGAUCCUUUAGUCAACUGUUAAAAUGUAAGCUCAUGAGGCUGAUAAAACAAACAUAUUCCUAUUACCAUGUUGUCAAAAUACCAAAUCCUACCUGGUGUCAUCUCAUUUCCAGUGGUAAACGUGAUUAAAGCAAGCAAAGAAAAUUGUUCUAUAAAUUCAAUAGCACAUAAAUGUUAGGGGAUAAAGAGAAACAUUCCAUCUCCAUAAUAGAAUUUAGCCUUUAUUCUUUAUAAACAGUGGAUAUACAGUAUAUACUCAGAUUAAAAAAGUAAAAAAAAAA